AUGCCAGAUCUUGAAUCCGUGUUCUUUACUGUAGCCACCGCACGUUCUAGAUAUUCUCCUUAUACCAUUGUGCUACUUUCGAGGCCGAACUGCAGGCGUCUCGGGAUCAAGGACUUUUUCUCCUUCCCUCUCCUGGCCAUGGCUCGUUCCCGAUCGCUCCUCCUGACGGCGGCAGCCUGCCUGUUGCUGUGGUCAGGCCUCAGCUUCCUCGCCUGGCAACCGGAGGGGCAGAAGGGUCACUUUCCUGGUCCGAAGGGCUCUUGGGAGAGUCUGCAGACUCGGCACCGCCUCCCAAGCAAGGCCUUGGCAAACUCCGCCCUCGACCUGGCUCCUGUGCCUCAGGAGCUGGAGGCACCAGAGCAGCCGUCCGAAAUCGAGGUGGUGGAGGUUGCGGUCACACGCGCGCAGCUGGUGCGAGGAACGGCUGCUGGGAUGGCUUUGGCCAACAUGGGAGCUGCAGGGGCUGCUGUGGCUCCGGAAUGGGUUCAGUACGAUCUCAACACUGGUGAGACGCUCUACGACGUGGACUUCGACGAGAACGACCCGAACCACGGAUUCAUCGUGGGAGCCCGGGCCCUGUUCUACGAGACCAGGGAUGGCGGCCAACGAUGGGUCUCCCGCUCCUUCGCCAACUUGGGCAAAGGCGAAGACAUCAGCUACCGCUUCCAGACCGUCUCGCUCAAUGGCGACGAAGUGUGGAUUGUCGGCAAGCCUCCCCUUCUGCUCCACUCCAAAGACAGCGGCAAGAGCUGGAAGAAGGUGCCCAUCUCAAAGAAGCUCCCUGGGGAGCCAAAGGUCAUCGUUUCCCUGGGACCGGGAAAAGCCGAGAUGGCAACCUCCAGCGGAGCCAUCUACGUGACAGAGAACGACGGCAAGAACUGGAAGUCACAAGUGUCUGAGACUAUCGAUGCCACGCUGAAUCGCGUGUCCCAGAGCGGUGUUUCCGGCGGAAGUUACUUCACCGGUAGUGUCAAGUCGAUCAAGCGGAACUCCAAGGGCGAGUACCUGGCCAUCGCACAGCGCGGGAACUUCUACUUGAGCUUCGUUCCUGGCGACACGCGUUGGGUGCCGCACAACCGCAUUUCUGCCAGGCGAAUCCAGGGCAUGGGUUUCAGAGAUUGCGCGAACGGGGAGAAGUUGGAUGGCGCGUGGAUGAGCUUGAACGGUGGUGUGGUCACGCUUUGCGACAAGAACACCUUCACAGAUCUGGCCUCUGACACGAAGGAGCUGUUCCAGCUGGCAAAGAUCCGAUCAGGCGGCAUCGGCAUCAUUGACAUCGGCUACCGAACGCCAAACGAGUGCUGGGCUACAGGAGGUAGCGGCGUGAUUUAUACGUCGAAGGAUGGCGGAAAAACCUGGGCAUUUGAUCCCUCCGCCACAGACCUGCCAUGCAACUUGUACAACGUACCUGGGCUCAGCAAUGCAGAUUGCGGGGUUCAUAGACCAGGGCAAGUUAGAGGGUUUCUCACUGUGCCUCCUGCUAGAGAAGGUGAAGGGCCUAUCUCAGGUAAUGAGGUCAGGGGUCCAAUAGCAGCGGCAGCGCUUCAGUGCCCAUGGAGUCUGAUCUGGUGGAGUGAUUACGCAGGACGAGCUCAGGACAAGUUUGUAGCCGAAAGUCUUUGCCAGAUCAACUGCAGGUCAGAAACCUUAAUCCGACAUCUCAAAUCCCGAAACCCGGCAAGCAAGCACUUGUCUUGA